AUGACGGCUCAUCUGGUCCUGGAGGAGGGGCAAGCAGAGGAGGGGGAAGCGGGGGGUCAGGAGGAGAAGGAGGAGGAGGAGAUGAUGGUGGGAGGUGAGGUGGGCGACUGCGAGAUCAGUGUCAACGUGGGCGGCCUGAAGAGGAAGCUAGGUCGCCACCUGCUGGCCAGAUACCCCGAGACCAGGCUGGCCAGGCUCCUGAGCUGCCGUUCCACAAAGUCCGUCCUGGAUCUCUGUGACGAUUACGACGCAUCCAAGAGGGAGUUUUACUUCGACAGGAACCCCGCUCUCUUCCCAUACGUGCUGAACUUCUACCACACGGGCCGUCUCCAUGUCAUGGGCGAGCUGUGCGUCUUCUCCUUCAGCCAGGAGAUCGAGUACUGGGGCAUCAACGAUCUCUUCAUCGACUCGUGCUGCGGCUCAGCUUACCGCGGGCGCAAAGCGGGUCAGGGGGCUUCCGGGAUGGGGGACGGGGAUAUGGAUGACUGCGACGACACGGUCAGCGAGCAGGGCAGCAACACGUCUUCCCUGGAUGAGCUUCUUGCCUUCUACAGAGAUGCCUCCAAGUACGAGGAGCGCUUCCUGGGGGGUUGCAGGAGGCAGAUCUGGCUGAUGCUGGAGAACCCGGGCUAUAACGUGGCCAGUCGUGUGUACAGCGCUCUGUCCAUCCUGGGCGUGGUGGGCUCCAUCGCCAACGUGUGCCUCAACAGCAUGCCCGAGUUCCAGCUGGCGAAGGGCGAGGCCCGUGGGGGGGAUGACCCCCGCUUCGAGAUAGUCGAGCACUUCUGCAUCGCCUGGUUCACCCUCGAGCUCCUGGUCAGGCUAUGGGUGUCUCCCGGCUUCCUGAGCUUCUUCCGCCUCCCACUGAACCUCAUCGACCUGUUGUCCAUCUCGCCUUUCUAUCUGACGCUGCUGGUCAAGAUGGCUGUGGAGAACACCCCAGCACUCACCAACCUGGGCAGGGCGGUCCAGGUGCUGAGGCUGAUGAGGAUCUUCCGGGUUCUGAAGCUGGCCCGACACUCAACGGGGCUGAGGUCUCUGGGAGCCACACUGAAGCACAGCUACAGGGAGGUGGGCCUGCUCCUGCUCUACCUCUCGGUGGGAGUGUCUGUCUUCUCUGCCCUGGCCUACACGGUGGAGAAGGAGGAGAACCCCGGCUUGUCCACCAUCCCCACCUCGUGGUGGUGGGCCACGGUCAGCAUGACCACGGUGGGCUACGGAGAUGUGGUGCCUGCCAGCGUGGGUGGCAAGCUGACUGCCUCCGCCUGUAUCCUGGCGGGCAUCUUGGUGGUGGUGCUGCCCAUCACCCUCAUCUUCAACAAGUUCUCACACUUCUACCGGCGUCAGAGGAAGCUGGAGGACGCUGUGCGGAGCUGCCAGUUUGAGCAGGGCCUGACCGCAGUCCCCGUGCUCAAUCUGCGCGAUUACUACGCGGACAGGAUGAAGUCACUCAUGGCCAGUCUCAGCGACGUGAGCAGAGGAGCGUCCAGCGACAGCGGUGAUGACUCCUUACAGUGACGGAGGGAGGAGGGGGAGCCUGAACGUGUUUAUUAUACCCGAAACACGUGCGCACACUAUUUAUUAUACACGCCACAGAUGUACACUGAUUAUUCAGCACUCUGCAGCUUGUGUCCUCU